AUGUCAGAGGAAGUUCCCAAACCUAUGGCUCCUCCAGCUGUUACAGCCCUGCGAGAGGCUGCAGCUGGUGAGCGUCAUCUUGGACCACGCAUACCGAUGGAAAGGUCGGUCAGCCAAGAUAUUCGAGAGGAACGACAAGACCUGAAAGAGGCCGCUGAACACAGCCUUAAUGUGCUCAUGGACUUGGAUCUCGAUGGCAAUGUUCGAUGGGUUAGUCUGAGCUGGGAAGAAGUCAUAGGAACAUCGCCGGAUACUGUAAAGGGAAAGCCUAUCUCGGACAUCCUGGUGGGCAAUAAGACCGCAUUCGCUGAUGCUGUGGAUUCAAUGAAGAAAGAUGACUCUCGAAGUCAUAUCAUUCGCUUUACAAUGCAGAUGGGGCCUUCUUCGGUCCUCAGACCAGAUCCCAAGUCUCCAACGUCGCCAACUAGCGUUGAUCCAGCAACCUCUGAACACGAGGAGACAGAGUACCUGAACCUAGAAGCACAGGGGAUUAUGGUUUACGACUCGACGACAGGAAAUGAAAGUCAUACUAUGUGGAUGAUCAGGCCCUCCGUCGUUCGCGAAGUGACGAUCGAUCUACCCGAAAUACUGGUGGAGUCCUUAGGAAUAGGCGCAGAGAUGCUAGCUCAUUAUCUGACGGGCCUGGCAGAGGCGGGCCCGACCAAUUCGGGGGAGCAUGCCCCUCCAUUGCCUGUCUUAUGUCGAAUCUGUGAACGCCAAAUUACUCCGUGGUGGUUCGAGAAGCAUACCGAACUCUGUCUCCAGGAACAUAAGGCCGAGAUGGAUGUUCAAAUGGCACAAGAGAAUCUUUCAGAACAUCGCAAUGCCAUUGUCAGAGUCUUGGAUGCGUUGGAAACCAGUCACCAACAAGUCACAGCUGCGUCAACGGAAAGCUCAGGGACUUUAUCCACGGUCCCAGAGUACAAGGGCUUGCCUAUACAGCCGUCGUCAACACCUUCAUCUGGUACUGUGUCCGGACGCGCGUCUCCCGCCUCGCCUCCAUCUCGAUCUCAGGACAGGUCUACCGGAUUUGGACAUCACCGAGCACGGUCCUUUGCAGUCCGGAGGCCUAUCGCCAGGAUAGUGGAGCUUGUGCUCGACCUAUGCGACACUGCAAUUGAAAUCAACACACCAGCCAUCAAAGACAAUCGUGGUACCUCGAAUGAGCUACGUACCCAAUCACCACAGUCAGAGAACCGUAUCUCGCAAGUAUUGCAAUGGCAGUCACCCAAUACAGGCUCUUUAGAGCAAGGUCUCGCUCUUCUAUGUGAAGACACUUCAAAGCUCGCUCGAGCUAAAGUUGACAGUGUGUACCGUCAUCGUCGAAUUCUCGAAUAUUCGGAGAGAAUAAGGUGUGAGUUUGACGUACUUGUGCAUGAAUGCAUCGAGGCCGCGAUGCACAAAGCUGCCAAAAUUGCUGCGGGAGAAGAUAGCGAAUCUUCUGAAGAGUCUGCUUCACAGGUAGACGAAGACGAAGACGAAGAUGAGCCGUCUGGAUCCUUGCUGGCUGCACCUGAAGAGAAUGUUCCGGAUGGUGGUAUAUUUCCAGGAUCGUUCGAUGCCCCUUCUUCUAUGGCGCAGGCGUUGCGCAAAGCCUCUGAUGCUCUAGCUGCAAACCCCGAACGUAGAGCACCUUCAACCACAGCCUCUACCAGAUCAAGUAGUCCACAUGGUAGCCAAACGCCUCGAUCGCAUGCCGGUACAACGGGUUUCGUCUCACAGACUAAGCGAGCAUCCAUGCAGUUUGAAAGUGAUGCGGGUGCGGAUAGUGACGCCAGCGUCAGGUCAUCAGCCAAGUCUGCAGCUAGAAGAGGUGACUCUCCUGGUUCCGAAUUGAACCUCAGUCGCGUUGCAAGCUCUCGCGAACGCAAGAGAAAGAGUUUGGUCCUUCCAAGUGUAAUGUCAAGCCGGCAACAGUCUCCCGCGAGAAGCAUGGGUCCACCAUCUUCCCCUCUAAGGACGAAGCCACGCAUACCUAGUGGAGCAGAGCCUUUCCACUCCCCUAUAACAUCCCCUGUUCUGUCCAACAGUGACUUCUCUUCACCGGCCAUUGCUCCGCAGCACAAUCAUCAUCAUCAUCAGCAGCACCACCGACGUCAGUCAUCGGCUGCUGGUUCCGACAUUCUGCGACCUUUGUCACCGCGUAUGGUGCCAACUAGCAAUCCCCAGCCUCGUGCUGUAGCUCCCUCUAUCAGGGAUUUUGAGAUUAUCAAACCUAUUAGCAAAGGCGCAUUCGGGAGUGUCUACUUGGCAAAAAAGAAGUCGACCGGAGAUUACUUUGCAAUCAAGGUUCUCAAAAAGAACGACAUGGUGGCCAAGAAUCAAGUCACCAAUGUAAAAGCUGAGCGCGCAAUCAUGAUGUGGCAAGGUGAAAGCGACUUCGUAGCGAAGCUUUAUUGGACGUUUUCAAGCAAAGACUUCCUGUACCUCGUCAUGGAGUAUCUGAACGGAGGUGACUGCGCAUCGCUUAUCAAAGUUCUAGGAGCUCUGCCGGAAGAUUGGGCGAAGAAGUAUCUUGCAGAAGUUGUCAUGGGAGUGGAACAUCUCCAUAGUCGCAACAUCGUCCAUCGUGACCUGAAACCCGAUAACCUUCUCAUCGAUCAAAAGGGUCAUUUGAAGUUGACAGAUUUUGGACUGUCACGAAUGGGUUUGAUUGGGCGCCAAAAGAAUGCACUGAAUAGAAAGUCAGAUGAAGCAGCUGUGCCUGAUCUCCUCAAACAGGGUCCCUUUCAACGCGCUAAAUCGAUUGGAUCAUCGCGUUCGGCCUCGUUCGACUUUCAAGGCAAUAAUGCCUCUCCAUCUGCCACACCAAGCUUGACACCGGCCCUUACGGGUGACAUCGGUCAGCCAUCGUACUUCAAUCUCAAUCGUGAUAGUUCCCACAACCGCGAAGCCAGGAGAACGUCAGGCAAUCGGAGUGAUAGUGGCGAUACUGAUGUACUGCAGGCCAUGUUUCGUCGCUUCUCUCUCGUAGAAGAGCAGCAAGCCAAUCGUAAAUCACCCAUCGAAGAAGAGAAUCCCAGCGAAGACAGUGGCUCCCCAGAUCCCUAUACACUGCAUCCCAUACUGAGCCAAUCGAGCGCCGCGCAAAACAUGACACCUCCUCAAGUGUCAACCAUGCUACCCCCGCCAACUACCUUGUUUGAUCCUGAAGACAAGAACCGGCGAUUCGUUGGUACACCCGACUAUUUGGCCCCUGAGACCAUUGAAGGUGAUGGUCAAGGAGAAGUAAGUGAUUGGUGGUCCUUGGGAUGCAUCUUGUUCGAGUCCUUGUAUGGUUACCCUCCUUUUCAUGCCGAUACACCCGAGGAAGUGUUCCAAAAUAUAUUGGACCGCAAGAUCGACUGGCCAGACGAGGAGAACGAUAUGGUAUCAGACGAAGCAAAGGAUCUGAUGAACCGGCUCAUGUGCGUGGACCCGAACAAACGCCUUGGUGCCAAUGCCGAGGAGAGGUACUCCUGUGGCGGGGAGGAAAUCAGAAAUCAUCCGUGGUUCAGCGACAUCAAUUGGGAGACUUUACGUGAGGAUGAAGCAUCCUUUGUUCCUGCUCCUGAAAAUCCAGAAGACACCGAAUACUUCGAUGCACGAGGUGCUACGUUAUCCAGUUUUGCUCCGGAGUUCGAAGAUCAGCAGUCGUCCUCCAACACCAAUACCCCCGGAGCAGACUAUCCUGAUCGACCACAUGAUGCACUUUCAAGGAUUAGAUCACAAGUCAAUGUCAACACUAUGAAAAGGGGUCUCAUUCCGCUGCAUAUACCUCCGCACGUUAGAGAGGGAAGAGGUCGCCGACUUAGUGAACCAAUGGCACAGGACGACUUUGGAAGCUUCAACUAUAAAAAUUUGCCCGUACUCGAGAAAGCCAACAAGGACGUUAUACAAAAACUUCGAGCAGAGGCAAAGCAAUCACAAAGCAAGCCACCUUCUACACUUACAUCACCAGGUGUAAGUUCGCCGACGCCUUCGCUCGAGUCUAGCCCAAUGUUACCAAUGCCGCUCAAGCGCACGAUGUCCACGAGCAAGAGCGGCCAAAAUGCGAACCGACCGGCGUCGCCUUCGGUAAGCCAAGCGAACUCUUCGCCAAGUCGAACGUCUCAACCUUCGUCACCUUUGUUAGUACAAUUCAGCACAGGCCAAAAUCAUGAGCGACGAAAGACUUCGAGCGGCUCCUCUUCACUCUCUCAUCAGCAGCCGUCGCUGCAACCAGGUAGCUUCUUUGAUCAGAGUCGUCUUCCACCCGGUCUCAAGACUAGUUCUAGCGUGUCGUCACCGGUCAAGAUUGCCAAGACUCCCGGAGCAAUGCCAGGCCUUCACACUGAGAAGACGUUCCCCGGUCAACGGCACUCUUCAGGUUCUGGUAGCUCACUAACAUCCCCAAGAGCUCGAUCUCAGACUGUUGGUUCUCAAGAGAGCGAAGCAUCCAAGGACUCACUACCAAGUCAUCACAAAAGGAGGAGUCAAGUCAUGGAUGUGUCGCCAUCUUCAUCUGAUAAUGAGGAUCAAAGGGCCAAGGCACUUCUACGAGUCCAAAGGCGAAGGCAAAGCUCACGCAGGCUUUCACAAAUCAACAUAACCGAUGGCCCAUUUUUUAGACCACUAGAUGUAUUGGUAUGCGAAGACCAUCCCGUCUCGCGCUUAGUCAUGGAAAAGUUGCUGGAGAAAUUACGAUGUCGUACAAUAACAGUACAGGAUGGCUCCGAAGCCGUGCGGUAUGCUAUGAGCGAAGUCAAGUUCGAUAUUAUCAUGAUGGAAUUCAAACUUCCCCAGAUCAACGGUGCCGACGUUGCACGGAUGAUUAGAGACACCAAGAAUGCCAAUUGUCAUACCCCCAUCGUAGCUGUCACAGGCUACUUGAAAGACCUACAAGCGCCACAUCAUUUCGAUGCUCUGAUUGAGAAGCCGCCUACUAUCGCAAAUCUCACAGAAGUCUUGGGUCGACUUUGUCAAUGGAAACCUCCACCGCCCAAUUGGACACCAACAGCAUACUCAGCCCUUGCUCCGUCCAGUCUACGCAUGGAAUCGUCCCGCUUGGGCGAUAGUCCUACGUCUAAUACAUCAAGCUUUCCUCAAAUGCCUUCUGGUAGCUAUCGUGGAUCUAGUCGGGAGGAUUCCAUCAGCUCAAGCUUUUUCGGAGACGGUGAAAGUAUGAAUGACCUACCUAUCGUCAUCAGUCGAUCGGCAACAGAGGACUGGCGUGACAGAGACCUGAGCACCGCACUUGGUGGUCUUGGUAUUACAGAGGAGGCCAUUGUAACAUCAGAUAUGAAGUUACCACCACGAACCGAAGAGAGGAGCCUGGCUCUGGACCAUCAGAAUUCAGCUCCCGCGGUGUUGCAACAUCCUACACCCAAGGAACACCGCUCAGGCGAGCAGAGCACCAAGAUUCGAGUACAAGAGAACAGGCGAAACGAAGCAGCAGAUAUGGGAGAUGACGAAGAUGAGGAGCUUGGUGAUGCACAGGUGCGCGCCAAAAGUCCCAGGACUCGGCCUAAAGCUUCGUCGAAACUUGGAACCGAGAUGAUGCGGACCAACAGCCACGGUAGCGUCAUUUCUGUAGAAGAGAUCAAGGAUACUGUCGACGUACCAUCUUCAAUACCGCCAUGUAUCACCGAGGAGAUCAACCCACUCGAGACAAGCAAGACUCCCAAACAGCAAGUCUCAAUGACACCCCCUGAGAUAUUCCCACCUCGGCCAGGAGACAAUGUACAGAUCAUCGAUAUGGAUGCCACGCCCAAGGCAGUGCAGACUGAUUUGUUGGAAAUAUCCCCUAUGCCUACACCAAAAGCCUCGGCACUCAAUGCCAGCGUCGAACGUUCUGACAAGUCAUCGGGCUCGCCAAGUGAGCGAAAAUAG